AUGGAGAACGGCGGCGACCCGACACAGGACUUGCGGGGAGCUCCAGAAGAAGUGGUGGAGAUGGACCUCAGUGAGCAAGACGAUGAAAUGUCGGACAUUGUCUCCGAUAAAGACGUCGAAUCUAUGGACACAUUUGAUCGGCUGCCUUCUGUACAAAACAACACGCAGUAUUCCGCAGAAGAGGCCAAUGAUCCGGACGAUCUUUAUCGACCGGAAGGAAUGCUAGAGCUAGAGAUUGACAAAUUCAGCGAGUUCGCUCGUGGCCCUGCCGACGUUCAGCAGCGUCUCUCCAAGCCCGUCUUCGUGCGUGGCCUGCCCUGGAAAAUUUUAGCUAUCCCAAGGGAUCAAAAUCGCUGCUCUGGCGCGCGCACCAACAAGGCCCUCGGGUUCUUCCUUCAGUGUAAUGGUGAUUCCGACAUGGUCACCUGGAGUUGCAUCGCGUCAGCUACGCUCAAGGUGGUCAACCAAAAUGGCGGAGAAUCUCACCAGCGCCGCAUCUCGCACACCUUCUACCCGAAGGAAAACGACUGGGGCUAUUCUCAAUUUCUGAGUUGCGAUCAAUUGCUGAACCCGGAAAGCGGCUACAUCCGCAACGACAUGAUUCGAUUGGAAGUUCUCGUCUCGGCCGAUGCUCCUCAUGGUGUUCAGUGGGACUCGAAGAAGCAUGCGGGUUACAUCGGUCUCAAGAAUCAGGGAGCAACCUGCUACAUGAACUCAUUGCUGCAGGCCUUCUACUUCACCAACCAGCUGAGAAAGGCCGUGUACGAAAUGCCGACCGAGGAGGACGACUCUGAGUCAUCGGUGGCCUUGGCCAUGCAACGGGUGUUCUUCGACCUCCAGUAUUCCGAUAAGCCGGUGGGCACGAAGAAGUUGACGAAAAGCUUCGGUUGGGACUCCCUCGACUCGUUUUUGCAACACGACGUCCAAGAAUUGUGCCGCGUGUUGCUCGACAAUCUGGAAAGCAAGAUGAAGGGCACUACGGUCGAGGACACGAUCCCGCAUCUUUUCAAAGGGAAGAUGAAGUCCUUCAUCCGUUGCCUGAACGUCGACUACGAGAGCUCUCACGCCGACGAUUUUUACGAUGUACAGCUGAACGUCAAGGGAAACAAUAACAUCCUGGAGUCCUUCCGCGAUUACGUCGCCCCUGAGCGGCUGGAUGGCGAGAACAAGUAUGAUGCCGGAGAUUACGGGUUGCAGCCAGCAGAGAAGGGUGUCAAAUUCUUGAGCUUUCCCCCGAUAUUGCAUCUUCAAUUGAUGCGCUUCCAAUAUGAUGCGGCCAUGGAUGCUAACGUCAAGAUCAAUGACAGGCUCGAGUUCCCGGAGCGCCUCGACCUCAACCCGUUCAUCGAAGGCAAGGGCGAGGAUGAAGACUACAACUACGUGCUACACGCCGUCCUGGUCCAUUCUGGCGACUUCCACGGCGGGCACUACGUCGUCUUCAUCAACACCAAGCUCAACCAGCAGCAUUCUUGUUGGUGCAAAUUCGAUGAUGACGUCGUAUCCCGUUCCUCAUUCAAGGACGCUGUGACGGCGAACUAUGGAGGCGAAGAUCCGGAGACCCUCGGUCGGACGUAUACCAACGCGUAUAUGCUUGUCUACAUCCGGCAAUCUUCCCUAGACAAAGUGCUGAGUCCGAUCACCGAUGAUGACAUCCCGCACCAUCUGCGUCAUCGCUUCGAGGUUGAGCGCAACGAGGAGGCCUAUCGCAAGAAGGAGAAACAAGAAGCCCAUCUUUACACGGAUAUCUUCUUGAUCCAAGAGGAAAAGUUCCAAAACCACCACGGUUUCGACCUUUUCGAUGCCCGUAUCGUGGAUGAGGAAUGCUCGCGGGAGCGCGUUCGCAAGAAGAUGACCAUCGACGAACUCUACAUGUUCGUCGCUCAGCGAUUGUUCGGCAAUCAAUUGUCUGCAUUGCCUAUGCGCAACGACUUCCGGCUGUGGUUGUUCUCCGAUAACACGCAUCGUGACGACCUGACUCAUAGCAGCUCUUUGCCGCGCCUGCGUCCCACCCAGCUGAUCUCGCGGGAAAAGAAGUUUGUCGAGGAUGCAUUCGACAGUGACCGCAACCUCAUCUUCGUCGAGACGGCCCCGCCAUCUACACGAACCCUGAGGCCUUACGACGAUAAAAAUGAGAUGCUCAUCUUCCUCAAGCUCUACCAGCCCCACCUUCGGACACUGACCUAUGUGGGACAUCUGAUGAUGAAGUACCGGGAGCCGCUCAGCCACUACCACCGCACCAUUUGCGAGCUGACUUCAUUGCCUCCUGAUGCGAAGCUGUCUUACUAUGAGGAAAUUGCUCCGGACCGAGUGCGAAUGGUCACCGAUCCGAAUGCGCAAAUGUGCACCGAUGGCGUGAUCACGGAGAUUGUGGACGGCGUCAUUCUCAUCGUGCAAAACGAUGCGGAAACGGACACCUACAAUAGCCUGGCGAUUCACACCUCCGAACUGUACAACAAUAUCGACAUCGAGCUCGUGCAGAACAUUGAGAACACGCAGUUUCUCUUCCAACAAAUCGACAUCACGCCGCCGAUCCUCACGCAGAUCCAUUUGAACUGGGGCGUCCCUGAGCUGUGUAAUUUCAUCGGAAAGAAGAUCAACUUCGACCCGGAGCGCAUCUUGCUAUGGAAGAUGUCCGCCUACAACGAGAAGCCGACAAAUUUCCUCAACGACCAGCAGUACCGGAAUUUCAAGGUGAAAGAUGUCCUCGGAUUGAGUGGCGUCAACACACACGAUCCACGGCGCCAUAAAAGGUAUCGCCUCGUCUACACCAAGAUGCCAGUUCCGGUCGCCGAUCUCGAGAACCGGAAGCAGAUGAAGAUCCAGAUGAUGGAUGAGAAGCUAAACGUCUCUGACAUCACCCUGUUCCCGCCUCGCCAUGGCACGGUCGGUGAUCUGCUCGAGGAAGCCAAGCGCGAGUUCAAGUUUGCCGAGAAUGGCACGGGGCAAUUGCGACUCGUCUACGUCGGCGUCUCACCGGCCACCACCCGCGUCUUCAACGUGCUGGAGAAUUCACUGAAGAUCAGCGACGUCUUGCAAAAGACGGUCAACUCUUCAAUGCACACGCAGGCGCGAGUAGAGGAAAUCCCGAAGGAUCAGCUGCGGAUCGGGGCCAACGAGCACCUGAUGCCUGUUGCGCAUUACGACAAGGAGCCGACGCGCAUGUUUGGGGUGCCGUUCUUGUUCAAGGUGUCCGAUCGCGAACCGUUGGCUACCGUUCACGAACGGCUACGGCAAGUGCUGGACGUGCCCGAGAAGGACUUUGAGAAGUACAAAUUCGCUCUGCUGCUCCAGAACAAGGUCAUCCGCCAUAUCGAUCUGAAGGAGGAGGGCAAAUUCGUCAAUCUCGCCGAGAUGCGGGCGGUUCAGCCAAACAAUGCGUUGUCGGCGUUCGGAUCGAUGCCGCUGCUCGGGAUCGACCAUUUGAACAAGUCCCGCGGCGCCCGGUCUGGACACAUCACCGAGAAGCCGAUUAUCAUCCACAAC